CUUCAUCCAAACUGCUCGUGUUACCAAGUGAACCGUUUAUUACACGCUUGCGGGUAAAAUCACAUUUUCACAAGAGUUAAGUUUCAACGAAAAGUCGCUAUCCUUCUUGGAAGAGAGCUUUUUGUAGUUUUAUUGCAAGCAUUCUUCAGAUUGAACACCAUAUUCUCCCAGAUAAAUCGCGAGGAAAUUCAUAAGAAAACAACAAGGGAAGUAUCAACCCUAUCUUUGGAUUUUGUGGGUUAAGUAUUAGAGCACUUUGAAUUUGAUUUGAUAUCACUUCGUUGUCGUCUUGGUACAUUAAUAAAACUCACGGGUUGACUUCAUUCUUUUCGAUUCAGUUUUAUAUGACGAAGAGUGUCCUGCUAUGAGGAGAAUCACGAUGUUGCGGAUGUUUUCCGCCGAAAGGAAAAUAACUGAGUCUAAAUCGCAGGAUGACCUCAUUGUAAUACAGAAAAAUGCAAAAAUAACCUAAAAAGGAAACAAACUAACAAAAGCAACAAAUGAAUGUACAAGAUGACUUUUGAUAAAUAGCAGAGCAAUUUUAUUAACAGAACUGGAUAUUACAUGAGGUUAAAUAGUAGAUCGUAAAUGUGAAAUAUUUGAUGUUUUUAUCGCAGUAGUAAAGCAAAAUAUCAUUUUUAAUAUUUUCAGGUGUUUAGAACUGAGAAAUGGCAUCUUUUGGGAAAUAAACGGAUUCAGAGGAUGGCAGUUGACAGUCAUGGCGGAAAGUAACCUCCUAACAACGGAAGAAGAAGUGGACUUGGACGAUGAGCGUCCGGCCACAGAUAAAGCGAAAGUAUGUCUCAAGAAAGGAAACAUAGAAUACAGAAAAGGACAAACUAAUGAAGCGAUGAACUCCUACACGGAAGGACUUCAAGUGAACUGCAAAGAUACACGGCUGAACGCCAAGCUUUAUAGCAACAGGGCAGCAGCUCAUUUUCAUUUGGGAAACUACGAGGAAUGUCUCAGUGAUGCAACAGUUUCGGUUCAGUUGGAACCCAACUCAAUGAAAGCCAUAAAGAAAGGAGCCAACGCUUGUGUCAAGCUUUGCUUGUAUAAAGAAGCAAGGAGCUGGUUGUACAAAGGAUUGGCCAUUGAUGAGAAUAACAAGCCUCUGCUAAAUUUGCUGGACAAAACCAAUACUGAACUAAAGGCCAGGAAGAGAAUAAGCUAUAUCUAUCUCGGCUGCGCUUAUUCUGAACAGUUCAGAACAGAAAUCGAGUACCAUCAACAUGAUUUAGAAAUUGCUAAAAAAGUGGGAGACAAGGCAAGAGAGGGACGAAGAUGUGCCAGUCUCGGCGGCGCUUAUUUGCAUCUAGGACAGUUCAAAACAGCAAUCAAGUACAUUCAACGUAAUUUACAAAUUGCGAAAGAAGUGGGAGACAAGGCCGAAGAGGGAAGAAGUUACUGCAAUCUCGGCUACGUUUAUCGUAGUCUAGGAGAGUUCAAAACAGCAAUCGGGUACUUUCAACGUUAUCUAGAAAUUGCUAAAGAAGUGGGAGACAAGGCCGGAGAGGGAGUAAGCUAUUGCAAUCUCGGCAGCGUUUAUCAUGCUUUAAGACAGUUCAAAACAGCAAUCGGGUACUUUCAACGUCAUCUAGAAAUUGCUAAAGAAGUGGGAGACAAGGCCGGAGAGGGAACAGGUUAUUGCAAUCUCGGCGGCGCUUAUAAUAGUCUAGGACAGUUCAAAAAUGCAAUCGGGUACCAUCAACGUCGUCUAGAAAUUGCUAAAGAAGUGGGAGACAAGGCCGGAGAGGGAACAAGCUAUGCCACUCUCGGCUGCGCUUAUUUUCGUCUAGGACAGUUCAAAACAGCAAUCAAUUGCCAUCAACGUCAUCUAGAAAUUGCUAAAGAAGCGGGAAACAAGGCCGAAGAGCGUAUAGGUUAUUGCAAUCUCGGCAGCGCUUAUGGUCGUCUAGGAUUGUUCAAAACAGCAAUCGAGUACCAACAACGUCAACUAAAAAUUGCUAAAGAAGUGGAAGACAAGGCCGGAGAGGGAUCUAGUUAUAGCAAUCUCGGCAGCUGUUAUGGUAGUUUAGGAAAGUUGCAAAUAGCAAUCGAGUACUAUCAACGUCAUCUAGAAAUUGCUAAAGAAGUGGGAGACAAGACCAUAGAGGGAACAAUUUAUGGAAAUCUCGGCUGCGCUUACAAUAAACUAAAACUGUUCGAAACAGCAAUGAGAUACCAUCAACGUCAUCUAGAAAUUGCUAAAGAAGUGGGAGACAAGGCCGGAGAGGGAGCAAGUUAUCGCAAUCUCGGCUGCUCUUAUGCUGGGCUAAGACAGUUGAAAACAGCAAUCGAGUACCUUCAGCGUGAUCUAGAAAUUACUAAAGAAGUGGGAAACAAAGCAGAAGAGGCAAGCUCACUCGGUCUACUUGGAAAAUGUUUGGAGUGGGAAGGAAAUCUCAAGGGAGCGCUUGACGUCUAUGAUUUGAGUGUAGAGAUUCAUGAUGAUAUCAUGGAUCGUCUUCAUUUUAACGACAUCUGGAAGAUUUCCUAUCGCAAUCAGCACAAAGAUGCUUACACAGGUUUGUGGUUCAUAAAGCUAAGUCUAGGUGAAGUUGUUCAAGCUCUCUUUGCCGCAGAAAAAGGACGUGCUCAAGCUCUGAGAGAUCUCCUGAGUUCCAAAUAUCAGUUUGGAGACUCUUCAAAAUAUAGCAGCCCCUGCGUUUCUUUGAGUUGUGUUCCAUCGAGUACAGUUUUCAUAGCUAUCAGUGGGCCUUACGUUUACUUCUGGGUUGUCCUUGGCAAUGGUAAUGUCCAUCUGAGAAAGGUACAUGUCAACAAUUACAGAUAUCAGGAUGAACUGGAAUUUUUCAUCCAGAAGAUGAACAGAGAUGCCCUUUAGGAGAUCGGUGCUAGAAGAGAUGCUGUAACCGGCGAGAAUCCGCAAAUUGAUUCGCUGAAAGAGGAGGAAGUGGCGAACGAUGUGAUUCUAAUUGAUGUGAAGUCUUCACAAUCAACAGCACUGCAGAAGCUAUAUGAUAUCAUCAUUACUCCCAUCGGCGAUCUGAUCGUCGGCAACGAGCUCAUAGUUGUUCCUGAGGGGCCAUUUUGCCUUGUACCCUAUGCAGCUUUAGAGGACCCGAAGUCAACAUAGCUAAGUGACUCUCUCAGAAUUCGCGUGCUUCCCUCCCUGACGACUUUACGAUUAAUUGAUGAUUGUCCAGAUGAAUUCCACAUGAAGAGUGGUGCUUUGCUUGUCGGCGACCCAUGUUUCAAACAUAUCCUUUAUCAGGGAAACCGGUUGUCACAGCUUCCGGGAGCAAAGAAAGAAGUUGAGAUGAUCGGACGGAUCUUCAACAUUUCCCCUCUAAUAAGAGAAAUGGCUUCAAAAUAUGAAGUCUUAAAACGACUGUCAUCCGUGGCUUUAGUACACAUUGCAUCUCAUGGUAAAAUGGAAACUGGAGAAAUCCUGUUGGCUCCAAACACCACAAGAGAAAACACUCAGCCUCAAGAGAUGGACUAUCUAAUGACGAUGAAAGAUGUCCUACAAGCUGGGUUGCGAGCGCAACUAGUUGUUCUAAGUUGUUGUCACACUGCCCGUGGGGAGGUCAUGGCUGAGGGUGUGGUCGGCAUCGCGCGAGCAUUUUUGGGUGCCGGUGCUAGAUCGGUUGUGGUAACGUUGUGGGCGAUUGAGGACGAGGCAACCCUGGAGUUCAUGAGUUUCUUCUACGAUGCACUGACUAAAGGAAAGAGGGCAAGUGAAGCUCUUAAUGAAGCCAUGAAGUGUUUGAGAGAAUCUGGAAAUUUCAAGGAUGUGAAACAGUGGGCACCAUUCGUACUCAUUGGUGAUGAUGUUCAACUGGAUUUCAAGGACAUGUAGAUGCUGAACAAUUUGAGGAAGGAAGCCUUGAAGAAAGAAGGCUGAUGCAGUGAAAAGUUUCCUACAGAUGUUAAUGUUUGUAACAAAACCCGCUGGGCUACCGAUGAAAUGUCUGUGAGAGUCCUCUUUUUAAAACAGGGGGAACCAAAUGACGGUUAAACUUAAAAAUUCAAUAAGAGCCCCUGUGGAUUUCUAUUGUUUUCAAAAAUUGUUUUUCCGUUUUUUAGAAAUGCUCUUGGAUUUUGGACAUAUCAAAUAGAAAGAACUUUGAAGUGUCUUAAUCACUCAUGUCUGGUUCAAACUAGUUUAUAAUGUUAUUUUUGUUAAUAAGUGAUGUCUUGAAAUGAUCAUGACUGGCUAGGUAGCUGUAAUCUAAUAUGAAUGAAGUCGUUACCUUUCGUCUUAGUCGAAAAAGUUUUUUUUUCAAUUUUUUUUUAUCUAUUUUUUGCCGUAUAGCUGAGUGAGAGUUAUGUGCUUGUACAAAGAGUUUCCAAAGAACUUGAAGAAGAAUCAGUUGUCCCGCAAUUGUUCGAUAAUCUUAGUUCCAGUCGAAUGGAAAUGUGUGACUAGCUUUUCGAGGAAUUUUACUUAGUUAUUUGUUAUCAAAGUUAUUUUGUGCAUCUUAUAAUUAUUAAUUCGUUUUGCCAGACUUUGAAUGUCUGAAUCUAACUUUUAUGGCCAAGGUUUAAGCUUGUUUCUACCAAUAUUUAGAAAGAUUUGUCUUUUGCGUUUGAUUGCGGUACGUUGUACCUUUUGUAAAUGCAUCAGAUACAUUUUAAGAAAGCUGUUAAGAACCAAUUGUUCAACUGGAAAACGAAAGGCUUAACUGCGUAAUUUAAUUUUCUUUUCUUAUUUUCGGAAACUGCGUGACAGUUUCAGAGUUAUGUCUCAUACGAAAGGUCGAGGGGAAAAGUUCAGAAAGUUUAAGUUGGAGCCGGAUGAUGUUAUGUCCAGGCACUCCAAUUGUUGUAUUGACCUGUUUUUCACUUUCUUUGUAAUUGUUUUUG